UGCUGGUACAGACCGCUGAGCUCCAGCACAAGCAGCUGUCUACAUCAUCAUCUAGAGUCUCCGACAAGAGCAUCAUGAGCGAUCAGCCAAAAAAUCCAGAGAAGGCUAAGCACGGCCACGAUGGCCAGUGUGAGAAGGGCGGGAAAGGAGAGAAGAAGUGCGAAGGAGAAAAAGGACAAGGCCACGGGCACGGUGGACAUGGGCACGGCGGACAUGGGCACGGCGGCGGCGGUCACGGGCGUGGCGGCGGUCAUGGGCGUGGCAGUCAUGGACAUGGUCAUGACCAAGGAGGCGACCAAGGUGGUCAGUGAAGGAACUAAGAUAACCUUCCUUGUGCAACUCACAUUGUGCAAGAAGAUGAUACAGCUCCUUUGCGACCGUUGUAAUGUGUUAAAGACAAAUCAACAAUAAAAUGGUAUGUUUCAAA